UUUGGUGGAGACGCUUCACUGCGUCGGAGUCAGUAGUGGUAGCAGGAACCCGGCAUGGAGAACGGCAGCAGCCCAGAUGCGAGCGGAUGACAGAAAACACCUGGGGGACCCAGGCGCUGGUUGGGGCGAGAAGAGGUGACACCAUCGGGACAGACACUGAAGGCAGGGGAGGUCCAGGCAGGGAAGCCCCUUGCUGGUUCCGAGGAGCUCAGCGUGCGGCCCAAGCCGGCUUCCCCUCCCUGCCGUGCGAAAGCGGCCGGGGCGCUGCGGCCGCCCUGGGCCGGCCUCCUCCCGCCAGCCGAGUCCCCUCCUCCCCUCUGCCUUCCCGGAGGCUGCCGCCGGCGGGGGCGAUUGCGGGCGGCCGAGCCGCUCGGGGCUCGCCGGUACUGCCCAUGGGGGAAUGCGGAGUGCCCCCCCAGGUCCAGCUCUUCCUCCGAGCCUGCGAACAGGGCGACUGCGAGACCGCCCGGCGCCUAUUAGGGCUGCCCGGCGGCGGCCCCGCCGACCCGACGGCCCCCUCCUCCUGCGCGGGUACCGAGGAGGCGGCGGAGCCCCGCGGCGAAGGGUCCGCCCCUUCGGCCCCCGCCGUGCCGGUGGACUGCACCGACGAGGCCGGCAACACGGGUCUCCAGUUCGCUGCGGCGGGGGGCCACGAGCAGUUGGUGCGGUUCCUGCUGCGGAAGGGGGCCUCGGUACAGAGCAGGAACCACUACGGAUGGAGCCCCCUCAUGCAAGCGGCCAGGUUUGGACAUCUAAGUGUUGCUCACAUCUUGCUGGAAAAUGGUGCUGAUCUCAAUGCACAAAAUAAGUUAGGAGCCAGUGUCCUCACAAUGGCCUCCAGAGGUGGCCACGUCAGCAUGGUGAAAUUGUUGCUGGAAUCCGGAGCUUUUGUGGAUAAUUAUGACCAUUUUAGUACAAGUGUACUUAACAGCAGCAGAGAUGACCUUCCUGAUAUCACUCCAUUAAUGGCAGCUGCUCAGCAUGGACACGAGGCAGUGGUACAUCUGUUACUAGACUGGGGAGCCGAUUGUAAUUACACUGUGAAGACUAUGGGCUGGAGUCCUUUGAUGCUGGCAGCUAUUAGUGGAAAGGUGAGCUUGGCACAGCAGCUCAUGGAGAAGGGUGCCAACCCCGAUCACCUGAAUGUACUACAUAAAACACCUUUUGAAAUCUCUGUUGGCUUCAAGCACAAAGACAUGAAGGACUACCUGGAAUCUCUCACAACUAUCAGACCCCAGGCAGAUAAAGAAAAGAGGCAACCUGAUGUCUUUCAUGCUUUGAAAAUGGGAAACUUUCAGCUGGUUAAAGAGAUUGUUGAUGAAGACCCAAGUCAGGUCAAUAUUACCAAUGUUGAUGGCGCAUCUCCAUUAAUGAUUGCGGCUGUAACAGGACAGCUGCCCCUUGUUCAGCUCCUUGUUGAGAAAGAUGCUGAUAUUGACAAACAGGAUAAUGUUCAUGGCUGGACAGCACUAAUGCAGGCCACAUACCACGGAAACAAAGAUGUUGUAAAGUACUUGUUAAAUCAAGGAGCUGAUGUCAAUCUUCGUGCAAAAAAUGGGUACACAGCUUUUGACCUGAUAAUGCUGCUGAAUGAUCCAGACACAGAGCUUGUAAGGUUAUUGGCAUCAGCAUGUAUGCAAGUAGACAAAGACAAGAAUAAACUGAACAGAUCAUCUUUGCCUUGUUCCAGAAGCAGACAAUCCUUAAAUGUCCCAGUAUUGCCAGAUGACAAAGGAGGUUUAAAGUCCUGGUGGAGCAGAAUGUCCAAUCGAUUUCGCAAGCUGAAGUUGACUCAGACAUUACGCCAUGGAUUCCCUUCCAAUCAGUUUGUGCCUUUUCCUGAUGAGCCUGAACCAUCAUUAAAUUCCACAAUAAAAGCAGUUUCACAGAGUGAUACCGACACCUCUGGAAACCUUGAUGGUGCUUCAGCUUGGAUCGCAAAUAACAAAGCUAGUGGUGUAAACACUACAAAAGGAGGAAAAGAUGACGAAUUAUUGACAACCAUGUUGAGAAGCAGUGCUCCAUUUACCAGGCUGCCCAGUGAUAAACUGAAAGCAGUGAUACCCCCUUUCUUACCACCCUCAAGUUUUGAGCUUUGGAAUUCUGACCGAACACGAAUCAGCAAAGAUGGAAAAGCUGAACAGAUGAGAACUGCCUGGCCACAGAGAGUGAUCAAACAUGAUUUUAACAGCAGUGGGAACUCUGACAUAACAUCUAUUAGCAAAGGUACUAGACCAGUCAAAUUACCAGCAUUUGCAAGACGACCUGCAUCUCCUUCUAAUUCCAACAACUUCAACCAUUCUCCCCAUUCUUCUGGUGGAUCCAAUAACAUUGCAGGAAUUAACAGGCAUGGAGGAGAACUGCAUAACAGAUCUGGUGGGAGUGCAGAUAAUGUUUUGUCUCAGAUUGCAGCCCAAAGAAGAAAAGCAGCAGGCUUACCUGAACAGAAACCCAGCCAACAGCAUAGCCCAGUCCAGUCAACUCCUUCAUCCACUCUGUCUGAUUUGCAGUGCUCUCAAAUUGUUGGCAACGGACAUGUUGUAAAGCAAAAACUGGAGAUGAACAAAAGACCUCCAUCAGGGACUUCAUCUACAUCUAAAAGCACAUCACCAACUCUCACACCUUCUCCAUCGCCCUCCCCAUCUCCCAAGGUCCACAACACAGAGUCCUCUCUCUCUCCUUCUCACAGACAGGCCAAGAGCAAUGGUUCCAGCAGUGGUACAAUUACAGAAGAUGGCAACCCCUUGGUGGACCAUCAACAGCUUGCCCCUAUUCUAAGAACCAGUGAUGUAGAGAAUCAUGAAAGGCGAAACCAUGUGAGAGGAAAAGGAAGCUCUGAAAACCUGGAAAAAGAUGAGCUGACUGGCAUCCUUAAAAAAUUGUCACUUGAGAAAUACCAGCCUAUUUUUGAGGAACAAGAGGUGGAUAUGGAAGCCUUCCUCACACUGACUGAUGGUGACCUGAAGGAGCUGGGUAUUAAAACCGAUGGAUCAAGGCAGCAAAUUUUGGCUGCUAUUUCUGAACUGAACGCAGGAAAGGGUCGAGAGAGACAGAUUCUACAAGAAACCAUACACAACUUCCACUCUUCCUUUGAGAGUAGUGUUAGCAACACGCGACCCCCAGGUCACUCCCAGUAUGAAGAACCCAUACAAGACUUACAUGAACACAGCAAGAACAACAAAAGUAAAGAAGGCAGCAUAAACCACCAUGAGUUAUGAGAGCUUCUACAUGGAGAAAUACACAAACUGAAUAUACCUUUGUUGGCAUGAUACAGAAAUAGGAGUCUAAACCAAAAAUGUAAUGGAUUCUUGGGAAGGAAUAUAAAGGAAAAGUAUAGCUGCAUUCUUCAUUAACUAAAAUACACUUUAUCUAUUCAUUAUUAAGAGGUCAGAACAACAGUAAAAGUAAAUAUGAAAUAAGUAUUUGUAAAAAAAGCACUUUAUUUAAGGCAAUGUAUAAUCUGUCACUGAUAUUUAAACAGAAACAGUGUUAAAAUGUUUUAUAUUGCUGAUUAGUUGUUUUGAGAAUAAAACCAUUUAAUCAAUA